AUGACAACUGAUGUUGAAACCGAGUGGCAGCUGUUUAAGAGAGGCCUACUCGGUGCUGCCGCCGAAUGCUGCAUAUAUAAACGGGUUGGCCUGCCGCCUGGAGGUCAGAAAGGAUCUUCAUGGUGGACACGAGAGGUACAACUGACAGUAAAAGAGAAGAAAGCAGCGUUCAAGAAAUGGCUUGGAAACAAGGAGCUAUCUACUCGUGUGCGAUAUGUCGAGGCACGCUAG